AUGGAAACCACAUACAUCAAAUCAACAGUAGGAGAUAUACUAGCUCAGGGACUGUGUCAACUUGCUCUUCAGACUCCCUAUGUUCCAGGCCCGUCAUCGUCUUAUGAAACACAUAUUGACCCAAUCACAUUCCUAGCAAACUAUCUCAUUCAACACGACCUUCACAAAACUACUACAGCUCAGAUACACGACCGCACACUUCAAACUCGGCAGAAACUCAAUGCAUUCAAAGAACGUGUAGAGUCGGAAAAGACUUUAAGAAAACGUGUCGAUGUCGAACUAAAGGGACGGAUGAGUAUAUUGACUAAGCAGAUUGAUAGAAAACGUGAAGAAGAAGAGGCAAAGGCUAUUGCUUCUGCGAAUGCAAAGGUUGCUGCUGCCGAAGCACUUGCUUUUGCUGCUGCUGAUUUGAGCCAGGAGAAUGCCAGUGGUCGCGUUUCCACGCAAGGAUUACAUACAGAGGAAACCAGUGAAAACCACGAGGAUGGGGACGUUAAUAACACUGGUCAAGGGCCUUUGGGAUCUGAUGGUGAUGACGACGUGAACGGACAAGAUAGUGACGGUGCUUUUAAAGAUGACGCUAAUACAGGUGAUCAGCAUGAUGAUCAGAGUGAGAGUGAAGAUGCUCCUACAGAUGAAUAA